AUGACUGUGGACAACAACUCCUUGACCACUGAAUUCAUCCUCACAGGAUUUGCAAAUCAUCCCGACCUGAAAACCCUGCUGUUUGUGGUCUUUUCUGCCAUCUAUCUGAUCACCAUGGUGGGGAAUCUUGGUUUGGUAGCCUUGAUUUACAUGGAACGUCGUCUUCACACACCAAUGUACAUCUUUCUGGGAAACCUGGCUCUGAUGGAUGCCUGCUGUUCCUGUGCUAUCACUCCCAAGAUGUUAGAGAACUUCUUUUCUGAGGACAGAACGAUUUCCCUCUAUGAAUGCAUGGCACAGUUUUAUUUUCUUUGUCUUGCUGAAACUGCAGACUCUUUUCUCCUGGCAGCAAUGGCCUAUGACCGCUAUGUGGCCAUAUGCAGCCCAUUGCAGUACCACACCAUGAUGUCCAAGAAACUCUGCAUUCAGAUGACCACAGAAUCCUACAUAGCUGGGAACAUACAUCCUAUUGUUGAAGUUGGGUUAUUGUUUAGGUUAACUUUCUGUGGGUCUCAUCAAAUCAAUCACUUUUUUUGUGAUGUCCUUCCAUUAUAUAGACUAUCUUGUGUUGACCCUUAUAUUAAUGAAUUAAUGUUAUUUAUCAUGGCAGGGUCAGUUCUAAACUUUACAGUUGCUGUAGUCCUAAUAUCAUAUUUUUAUAUCCUUUUUACCAUAUUCACAAUGAAGUCUAAAGAGGGAAGAGGAAAAGCCUUAUCUACCUGUGCAUCCCAUUUUCUCUCUGUGUCAAUAUUCUAUGGUUCUCUUCUUUUUAUGUAUACUAGACCUAAUGCACUUAAUGAAGGGAAUAAAGAUAUACUUGUUGCUAUAUUUUAUACUUUAAUUAUCCCCUUAUUAAAUCCUUUUAUUUAUAGCUUAAGAAAUAAGGAAGUAAUAAACGUUAUUAAAAGAAUAAUGAAGAAGAGAAAAUUGUGUAGCAUUCUGAAACAAGUAUCUCCUUUGGAAAAGUAA